CCGUGACGUCGCAGCCCAGCAACGAGUCCGAGCUGCAGCUGUACCGAGUGUUACAACGAGCUAACUUGCUCAAUUACUACGAUACGUUCAUCAGUCAAGGCGGCGACGACGUGCAGCAGCUGUGCGAAGCCGGAGAAGAGGAGUUCCUGGAGAUCAUGGCCCUGGUGGGCAUGGCCUCCAAGCCCCUGCACGUGCGGAGACUGCAGAAGGCGCUGCAGGAGUGGGUCUCCAAUCCAGCCAUGUUUCAGAUUCCUCUCCUGCCUAAUCUGCCCCCGUCGGUAGCGGCGGGUUUUCCCUCACUCACCGCCAGGGCCCUCCUCGGCACGCCCACGCCCACACCCACGCGCCCAUCGCCGCCCAUGACCACGCCCAGCAUUCACGCCAACCACAACUCUAGUCCGGGGAUCAGCAAGGAAACCAUCGCCGCCAUGAACAGUAACAGCCUGGGCGCCGGCGGCCUGCGAGACAGCGCCGCGGGCGUGAACCCCCCCGGAGGCGUGUCCGUGGCCUCCACUACCGCCGCCACACCCUCCAUUCCCUCCUCUGUGCCCGGGGGUUGCAACACGGGCGUCCGCGACGGGCCCAUGGGCCUCGGAGGGGCAGGGAUGGGCGGCCCCAUGACCGGUAUGGCUGGCGGCCCCAUGGGCGGAGGUCCCAUGGGGGGUGGACCCAUAGGUGGCCCUAUGGGUGGGGGUAUGGGGGGCUCGAGAGGCCCCUCGCCCCAUCACACCUCCCCCACACACCCGGGGAUCAUGCCCCCCUCCUCCGUCGGGUUGCAGAACUGCCACGGCGCAAUGACCGCAGAAAAGAGUGCAGAUUUUUUUCUUCCGCUCAUGAAGAGCACGGGUGUAGAGAACCAACAGUACAACCAGUACCACCACUACCCCCCUCCCCCCGGCUCCCCAGUCCAGCUCACGCCGGUGCUGCUAAAUUCACAAGUGGACAGGCUGGCGGACGCUGCCUACGAGUUAGUGUGCAGCCUGCCGCCGCUCGAACCGAAGAACCAGCAGCUAAACAACAAACGCAAGAUGUCCAAAGAGCUCGAGUACAUAAUGAACAUGAGCGAGGACGACCCGCGCCGGAUGGAGGAGAUCCGCAAGUACGCCGCCAUUUACGGACGCUUCGACUGUAAGCGGAAGCCGGAGAAGCCGCUAACCUUGCACGAGGUGUCCGUCAACGAGGCUGCGGCACAGAUUUGCAAGUACAUGCCGGCUCUGCUGACGCGCCGCGACGAGCUCUUCCCUCUCGCCCGCCAGGUCGUGCGUGACUCGGGCUACCAGUACUCCAAGGGUCAUUCCAGGUCCCAGACUGUAGUCGGCCGCGAGGAGGAGCCCAGGACUAAAAGGUCAAGGUCAGAUUCAGGUCAUGACACAGGUGACCUCAAGAACGACCUCCAGUGGAAAAAGAGACAGGAGCGCCUGGAGGCCAUCAGCGAGGAGUUGAGACACAUGAGCGAGCGCGCCGAGGAGGUGAGGACUUCGCUCACCUCAGGCAGCGGGGACGUGUCGGCUCUCACCUCCCAAAUGGACGCCCUCCAGACCCGCCACGCCCAACUCACCCUCGAACAGAACGAGCUCCUCAAGGCCCAGCGCAAGGCGAAGAGCGACCGGGUGUCCGUGUGCAGCGAAGACCGGGAGAGAGGCGAAGACUCGGACUCCCAGUUCUCCUACAGCGGUGCUAGUUCUCCCUCUCAG